GUCAGUCCAGGAGGACAUAAACAAAUAAGUGUGGCUGGAGUUGUGUGCUUCGUUUGGAAACUGGGGAGUUCUGGAUUAAUUAGAGCGAAUGCUUGUUGAACUAAUUUUUAUGUGUAUAUUUAUAUACCUUUAUCCGGUUCCGAAUGGAGAUAUUAGGUAGCACGUUUGACGAUUCCGUGUUUUCUGAGGCCAGAGACCGAGUGUGUGUGUCUCUGUCCUCUUACAACGCCAAACUGUGUGAGUCUGAGUGGUUUUGUGACAGUGCUGCUCUGGAUACUGAUGAUUCUUUGGAGAAGCAGAAAGUCUACAAGUUUAGAGGAGACUUGGCUGUUAGACAAGGAAACUAUCAGAAAGCCUUGGAGGCAUACAGCAGCUGCCUGCAGUGGAUCGCUGACAACAACCUGACCAUCAGACGAGAUGUACUGGAGGGAAUGGCCCGAUGCUGCACCAAACUGGGACAGAGAGACAGGGCACUGGACUUGGCUGAUUUGCUGAGCAAAGAAGCCUCCAACACCUGUCACCUGACCAGCCUCCUGCUGCUUAAGGUCAGCAUCUAUGAGCAUUUUGGAGCCGCAGGAUCCAAGACGUUGUGUCUGCAGCAGCUGUGUAGCCUGCUACCGUUCAACCCCUGGCACUGGUUCAGCCUGGGUCAGACGUGUUUGCAGCUGCUGGAGAAUAAAAGAACCUCAGGAUCCUGUUCUGCCAUGAGAUGUAAAACAGAAGCACAUCAGGAGGAUGGGGCGACUGAGGAGCAGCAGGAGGAGGCGGCAGAGCUCAGUGAGGACAGGAUUCGUCUCAAAGCUUGUGCCUGUUUCAUCAGGACAAGACUCCUGUUGAGAAUCCUUCGGCAGCAGCAGUCGUCCUUUGUGUUGCAGCGCAGUCAAAAUGUGCUACAGAUGUCAGAAGAUGAGCUGCAGCGACUAAAUCUCAAAGAAACAACACUGCAGGCUCUCACUGAGGUGAUGUCAGAGGACUUGAUCCCAGAGAAGAUGAGGGAGGACUACCAGGACGGAGAGAGUCUGACCAGUGCGUGUUUGCAGAGCUUCAGAGAGCGCUGGUGGAACAAGAUCUUACUGACAGACGUGUUAGAGACUGACGAGACACAUAGAUACAAGUCCUGAUGAUCCUGUGUUGAAUGUUUACAGAGAAGUCGGCAGAGAGGAGAGGACUGAAGAAGAUGCUUUAGUGAAAUAUAAAAGUGUAAAUACCAGCGUCACACAAUUUGAAAUGUCUGUGUCUCUAUUCAGUGACCUAAGUGUAUGCUUUGCCUUAAUAAAUGUUCUUUUAGCCAUUUUAAAAGAUUUAAAUGAUUUUAACUGACAUAUGUGAUGUUUAGAUCCACUUUUUUAAAGCAUAAACUGUGAAGUCAGUGUGUUAAAUCUACCAUGAUCUGGUACGCGUUACCCAGACGGACCACUUUUCUUCCACCUUGUUCUUGUAGUUGAGCUUGGCAAUCUUAAUAGCCCUCUUGGAUGGUCAACUGCAGCUUCUCACCCAGCAACAAAGGCUGGAUGGUGUUGAAGGCACUGGAGAAAUCAGAGAAUGUGAUUGUCACUGCGCCUCCACCACCAUCCAGGUAUAAGAGAAUGAGCUGCAGCAGGUAGAUGACAGCGUCAUCCUGAAGUGUGAGUCUGCUAUAAGCAUUGAUUGGACACGGUGUGUAUGUGUGAUCACUCGUGCUGUAUCACUGCAGAAAGAUUCAAAAUAAUUUCUUGCAUCCCCCUGUGA